AUGUCGCUCCUUCAGUCCGCUCGCAAGCCGACGCUUUCGGCUGUUCGCUCAUGUAGCAGGGUUCGCUACAACUCAAAUGCGGCUCCUGAGCCAAAGCCCGCCUCGUCUUUCUCUUCGAGCUUGUUCGCCAGGAUGCAGAACAAUGCCAGUUCAACGACCUAUAAUGGAGUUGAAGUUCAAAACAUCAAGUCUCCAAAGAGGUUGGACAUUGGCGGCGGGAACGUCUGGAAAGAUAAUGGCGUGAAACUGGACACCAGCAUGCGUGAACCCUCUCGUCCUCGACGGAACCCGCGCCCGGCAGCUGCCGCACCCCAGGGCCAAGCAGCCGACCCAGAUGCCGCUGCUCGCAUCAUGAGUCGCCAGCCGAAUCCCUUCAAUGUUCGCCCUCCGCGACGCGAUGAAGACUCCCGUGAGCGCCGUGCUCCCAGGGAUAAUCAGCGACAGGCUGCUCCGCGUGACGGGCAGCGCCGGGACAGGCAUGAAGGAUCCUUGAACGACAGGGUCAAGCAGGCCGGCAGCGAGAGACUUCGUCAGACCGACGCUUCUACAGAGCAAGCUUCGAUCGAGGCGUCGACUGAUGCUGCUCGCGAGCGACCUGUGCGAGCGGCGUCCAAAGCCAUUCCUCUUCGCCUCAGCUCAUUCCGGACCGCCCACUUCGGCAAUGUAUUCAGCUCACCGUCGCCCGAUGCACCCGCGACGCGCGAGGCAGAAGUGCUCCGCGCACUGGAUGUACCCAAAGAACAUCCCGAGACGCUAGUGGUUAAGCCGCGCAAGGCGGAGGUUCGGGUCGAGAAGGGCGUUCGCAGGGUCAAGAAACGCGUCGUCAUGCGUGGCUCGAAAAGGAUCGUCGUCGACCCUCGCAUUCGACCCAUGCUCGAACGUUACGGCGGUGACUACACGCGUCUGGCGCCGCGCUCGGCCCUGUCUGGGCUUCACAAGCCCAGGAAACCGGUCGCUUAUGCGAAGGCGGCACUCACUUUGCGCCCUUACUUGUCCAGUGCGCGUCGCGGGCAGGCGCUGGAUGUUGUUGAGAAGUUUGCGCGUGAGGCCCGUGUCAGCGCUUGA